UUGGGAGGGAGAUCGCACGGGAAUAAGAAAGAAAAGAAACUCCCAUCUGUAAUUCUGUAUAUAUAAGAAUACCGUGUUAGAGCGGACACAAUUCUCAUAAUUCACUAUUUCACAUUCCGAUCUCCCAUCUUUCUUCUUAAUACCGAGUCUACUCAGAAAAACAAAAUGGUUUUGGGUGGAGGAGGAGCUCCUCAAAGAGGAAGUGCUGCAGCCACUGCAAGCAUGCGGCGAAGGAGGACAACAAGUAGCGGGGCUUCUGGCGGUGCUGCUGGGACCAUGCUCCAGUUUUACACAGAUGAUGCUCCUGGACUCAAGAUCUCACCCAAUGUCGUUCUCAUCAUGAGCAUUGGUUUCAUAGCCUUUGUUGCAAUUCUUCAUGUUAUGGGCAAGCUCUACUUUGUACGCAGAGAAACCUAGAAGAAGAAUGUUGUACUAACAACAUAGAUCUAAGGUUUCAUGUUCCGGGUUUCAUUUGAGUUAAAGAUAGACAAGCAACGAAUUACUGCAUUUUAAUUUUUCUUUUUUGAUAAUUUGUUUAUUUAGAAUGUGAAAGGUUGAAACAGUAGUGGGAUUUUGUUUUUCAAUUAAUGAAAGGUAGAUUUUGAUCUAAA